AUUCAGCCUAUCCAGUGCCUGGUGACCGGCACGCUGAUCCCAUCCAUCCGCAUCCACCCGCAUCCACCCCCCAUCCAUCACAAUCCAUCCCCAUUCAUCCCAAUCCACCCCCUCGACUCUCGCUGGCCCCCCAUCCACCCUCGUCCCUCUGGUUAUAUUCCCGCUUCUGGCUGCCCUCCAGACCUCAUCCAGAACAUCCCGUUCCGAAAGAUGUCGGCCAGUCCCAAGGAAGCGCGCACAUCCCUCCAGCGCCUAAUCGAUGAGCCCAAGGGCAAGACGGCAUACGCCGCCGGAGAGCCGUUCCUGCUCCAUGUGUUCUGGGAAGCCCCCAGCGCCGCUGCCUCGAAGCAGCUUCUCGAGGCCCUGGCCAAGUGCGCCGUAGCAACCCACCGCGAUACGCCCUGCGUCCCAACCUACUUUUUCCGAAUCUCGGCAAACGACGAGGGCUUCUGGGGCAACGCACCCCGGCUUGUCGGCGAGCACAAGCUGCUGGCCGCGGCCAUCAAGAAGGUCAACAUCGGGGUAUCCAAGGUUGCCGUCGCCGCCGAGCUGGCCAGGCAGGGCCUAGACCCAUCGUAUCUGGACUUGGAUCUCUCGGCCGAGCUGCCCGCCCCACUCCAAGGUCAGCGCCCUGUUGCACUCGAGUUCACGGAGGUAUAUCUCGACGAGCGAGCCUUCAUGGAGCAUGCUGGAUCCAGAGACUACCUCAAAGCCUACGGCGUUGUCAUGAGCCCUGGGCUCUCCAACUCCCCGCCGGUCACCUUUCGGUUUGGAACCCCCUGCGAGAGCGUGGUCGAGAAGAUUCUGGAGCCCAUCCUCAAGGAACGGGUGGUGCCCGCAACGCCCGGCUUCAGCGUCUGGCAGCGCCCCGAGGUGGCCGACGACGGCUCCUUUUUGAUUUCGGUCGAUGUCGGAGCAGGCUCGACAGCCCCGCAGCUCUCCGAGGCCUUCCAGCAAAGCCGCGUGUGGUCGGUGUGGUUUGAGCAUCCCCACCGCGAGGGUACCGCUCGGCUGAUGGCCGUAUUCCCGGUGCUGCCGACAGAGUCGAUCUUGGGCGAGAUUGCUGCCCUGGGCCCAGUGAGAGGAGAGGCACACAUCCAGGGCGGCGACGCUGCCUCUGGUCGCCUUCGACGUGCCUUGGAUGCCGCUGGCUUGGCGGUGGUCCGGAUCAACGCAGCCGAUGCCGUCGGGUACAUUUUGCACGGCAAAGUCACAGAGUUGCACCCCGAGUGACGAGCGGCGGUGCCGAUGAUGCCGGCCUCGGUGUUUGUUGGCGGCAUGGUGUUGGGCGAUUCCCUGGCCGAGGACGAUAUGCAUCCCGAAAGCGAAAUAAAUUGGCAGUGGCCGAAAGAUACAAUCGAA